AUGGCGACUUCAGCUCCUCCAGUACCCCCAAAAGAUUUCAAACCAAUACCGCCUCCAAAAGACAUUCCUCAAACAAAAUUCUCCAACACUCUCACUGUUGGUCGAACACACUUACUUACAGAUUCAGAGCUUGGACUGCUGACUUCUGAGAGUCUGGACCUCUCUAGCACCUAUCCUCCCCCCGGGCACCCCAAAUACGUCUCCCCGCUCCACACCACUAUAGACUUACUAUUCGGUCAAACUUCCACAACAACUACAACGACUAUAACAGCUGACACUGCAGCAGAAGCUGCAUCAAUAUCGUCGUUUGCAAAAUCAUACAAUUCUGAGGAUCCGUCAGCUUUCAGUAACUUUUCAGACUCGAUGUCACAUACGUCAGAUUGGCCAGUAGAGUCUGCGUGGGAUGCGUUGGUGAAUAAGGCGUCGACAGAAAGUGGCCCGGCACGACUUACCAAUAACCAACUAUCCUAUAUUCCCAAUCACUUUUUUGAUGGACUACAUAGUUUAAAAGAGCUUUAUCUGGACAAGAAUCUAUUACGUGAUUUGCCAGAGGAAUUACUUAAGCUUUCGAAGUUAGAAUUACUUGAUUUAAGCAAUAAUUGCAUAACUGAAUUUAAUCCCCGAUUGAAGUUCAGACGCUUGCGUAAUUUAAAAAGAUUGAAUUUGGACAACAAUGUACUUUCAGACAUGUCUACAGUUAGUAAGAUAAAAACAUUAAGAGAAUUGCGAAUUAACAAUAACUUUUUGAGUACACUCUCACCGGACAUAGCUCGACUGAACAAAUUAAGACUUCUAUACCUGAACAAUAAUGAACUACUUGCUUUGCCAGAGGCUCUUGGGCGAUUAAAACAUUUGACCGCACUUCUAUUGAAUAAUAACAAUAUUCAAUUAUUACCAGCUUCUAUAUCUUCACUGCGACAUUUACAAGUGCUCGAAAUACAAUCAAAUCUACUGACACAACUACCGGACAAUAUUCGAGACUUAGAAAAUCUAGUGACACUCGAUGUCUCCAAUAAUUAUCUGACUGCAUUGCCGAACGAUCUUGCAAAAUGCAACAAAUUAACUAAAUUGGAUGCACAUGGAAAUAUGAUACAAUCUAUUCCGCAGAAAAUCGGUCAACUCUCACGGUUGACAUUUCUUGAUCUUCAUAAUAAUCGGAUCGCCAACCUGCCUAACGAUAUCGGCAGACUUACAGCGCUAACGGAAUUGGACUUAUCACACAAUAAGAUAGCUGUUAUUCCGGAAGAUGUUGGUAAGCUCGUUAAGCUGACGGAAAUCAAGUUCAAUGAUAAUCCAUCUUUGUCGGCGGUUCCAGACACUCUUAAGAAACUACCAUUGGUGAAGAACGUCCAUUUGCAGAAUUGUAGCAUAAGCCAGAUAUCGUUUGAGAUGGGAGUUGCAUACAAAGAUUUGUCUUCUUUCAACGUAUCGUUUAAUCUGCUGGAUGUGAUGCCGAGGCUCGAUGGCAUGGAUAAAUUAGUCACUCUUAACAUAUCCAAUAACCGUAUUACUGACCUUACUGAACAGAUCGAACAAUUGGAAAGUCUUGAAGAGCUUCUUGCUUCUAACAAUAAAAUCAAAGUGAUACCAAAGUCAAUAGGUCGCUUGAAGAAUCUACGCGUUUUGGAUAUAUCAGACAAUUUUAUUACAGGCUUUCCUUUCUCAAUUGGUAGUUGCGUUAAUCUACGAACAUUGAAAAUAUCCGGAAAUCCUAUUGAAAGUCUUCCUGCAACACUGGGUAGAUUGAGUAAUUUGGAUUAUUUCUACGUUGGUCAAUGGCCAGUAGCUGGAUUUACAGUACUCCAAGAUGAUAGUUGUGGUGCCGAUAUCAAGAUUAGUCCAUACCAGCAGAAGGUACCUCUUCAUGUAGAACGAACGCUUCUCUGGCGGAUGCACGAUUCUAUAUUAAAAAGACUCCGUGAAAUUGAUAAUAGUGAUGGAAUAACUGAGCACAUGAUAUACCCUUCCAGUGAUACCGUUUCGCUAGAUGAGAAUAAUUUUAUACAUCAUUCCUUGAAAGGACAAUCAUCGCUAUUGUUCCGAGAUGAUGUUGCACUUAAUAUGGUAGUGCUCAAAGGCGUGUAUGAUCAGAUUCUCAAAGAUACGCGGAAUCAUGACAAGGAGUCGAGUGGUGAAGAUAUGACUGGAUCUCCUGGUGAGAAUGGGAAGAAAAAAAAGUUUAAAUUAAAAGACUUUAAAUUUUUAAAUCGAACUGAUAAGUGA